CUUUCGUGUGCUCCUCGAUCGCGUGUGUUUUGUGUGUGAGGCUCUUGGGUGUUUUAUCGCUUGGUCGGUCGCCCAAGAAAAGAAAAGCAACUGUGUUCUAUGUGCACUGACAGAAAAGAAGUGCGGAGAAGGAAAAAUAAAUAAACACUGCCAACAGUGUGUGCGAAGAGCCUCCGCAGGCAUUUCUUUGCGAAUCCGGGCGUUCGCGUGUGCAAAGUGAGUGUAUUCAUACGUCAAAUAUUUUCCCCGUGUAUCCUGCGCUCCGGCUGACAUAGCCUACUUCUGUUUUUGAAAGGUUUUCGGUUUCGGUACUGUAGUACGGUCGAAGGUUUUCAUUCAUGGAGAACUGUCAAUGAUAGUCUCAACGCAACCGAAGGAACUUGAAGGAAAACGAAGGAACAAACCAACCUACAGCGGAGAGCACUGCCGCACACAGCCAACAAUCGCCGAACGGCUGUGGCUGCUUUCAGGCAGCAAGAACAGUGUGUGAGUUAUAAAACACCCCGAAAAUCAAUGAAAAUUCGUGCUCCUCGGGUGGCUCUCGUGCGCUCGGCGGGCGCCUGAUUGCGUCAGGAACGGAGUUCCGGGUUUCGCAAGAUGAAUCCUAGUGCGCUAUCAUAAUUUAGUGUCAACUGCUGCAGGUGUUGUAUAGUAAGGUUUUCUGUUUUCUUUUUUUUCGCUCCCAUUUUCCCACCCAUCCACCGACCAGCAGAUGAUUAGUGCGCGGUUGGAACGGCGGAACGGAGAAGACGGUGCGGUUCUCGGUCGAUGUGAAGAGCCCAUGUGAGCGGAAGGCCCGCGAGCCCCGCAGAGAAGGAAAAACUUGUGCGAGGAAGAAAAUUGGCAAAUUCAACAUCGGAGAAAAAAAAGAAGAAAAAAAUUUCGGUAUAAAGUGUGUGUUAUCAGCAGGGUGUCCCGAGGCACCCAAAAGUGCAAAAGCAAAAGGCCGUAUUUAUUUCGUGAACAGCUAGUUUGCUCUGCUCAAGGGUGUUGGAUUGAAAGAAAAAGUAGUAGAAGAAAAAACAGCAAGGAAGAAAAGUGGAAAAACUUUACUUUGGUAGCGCAAGCAAAAUAGUUGCCGGAAGUGUUACCCUCCUGGAAGGCGUAUUGCAGUCGUCAGUGUCCGGAGCAUCAAGCAUCAUCAUCAUCAUCCCCCGAGAGGACCUCCGAGAACCUCCGUCGAAUGCGUCGUGUUGUGACCCUGUGUGGUGUGCGCGCCUCUUCUAGCGAGGAUUAAUGUGCAAGCGUAAUCAGAAAGCUUCGGAUGUUAGAACAACACUUGACCAGCGGCACCAACCCCAUCGUAACCAGGCUCCAUCCCCGUAGCAGGUGAGAAACCGUCCCGUGCCGCAGUUGCAGUCCAACAGUCAGUUGCUGGUGGGUGUGAAACGAAACAACAACAGAAAAAAAUACGAUAAUCAUCCGCGCAAGGACGCGAAGAGCGAGUGUCGGGUCGAGUCGAGUGGCAGCAACGAGGAAGCCACUUAAUGCUGUGUUGUUGUGCGAGCUUGCUAUCAGUGACAAAUAGGAAAAUAAUAUGUAAAUUUAUGAAAAUUUGAUAAGUUUUUCUGUGCUCGCGGUCGGUCGGUGUGUGCGCGCUUCCGUUUUGUGUGUCGGUCGGUGCGUGUGCAGUUUUUUUUUUUGCCUGCGUUCGUUCGUUCGGUGUUCAGUUUUUAUUACACUAUGAUCAGUUCGUUUGUGUUUGCGUUCUCGGUAACAUAAUCAGGAAUUCAUUUUUUUUUAUCUGAUCUCCGGGACUGGGGCAGAGAGUCUUUUUAACCAGUUGAGUUGGAAAAAAUGUCAUAAUUUAUGUAGCACGGUGGUGUUCAGUUAUUCGCUGGUAAUUCGUUUAAAACAUACCCACGAGAGAAGGUGGAAAAAGGAAGCGAGUGAGUGGGAACGAGAGAGAGAGAGAGUAAAAUACGACCGAUUAAAUUCAACAACAUAGCGACAACAAUAAAAAAUGCGCCGGUUAAAUCUCUAGAGCUCACCCAAAAAUUCGACGAUCAAGCGAAUAAAAGCGUGUGCCCGCAUAUUUUUUUGCGUGUGUGUAUGCGUACCUACAUAUGUGUGUGCGAGGCUUGCAAUGUUCCGGGUGGUUGCAGGCGAACAGAGCAGCAAGUGAAGUCAGUGCAAAAUUAAACGCAACACAGGAGUAACAGCAACGAGCAACGAGGAAAGGACCAACGCAGCUGCCUGCAGUCGUGGGGCGGAAGGAACUCCCUUCAAUGUGGACUGUGCGCCGCGGCAAAGAUGAACUCGUACGAAUUUAAUUCAACCAUGGACUGCCGUGAUAAUGGAAUACUUCGUGGAGCCGUGAAAAACAACACAAGAGGUUGCCUCCUGGACGGAGUUCCGCCUUCAGCUCCACCAGAUGUACCACCGCGUAAUCCCACAAUGAAUCGCAUGAAUGGUCGCGUCACCGGUAACCCUACAGAGCUGGGCGUCGAUUUCGAACCGUCGUGUCUGGUGCGAACGCCAUCAGGCAACGUCUACAUUCCGAGCGGAAAUCUAGCAAUCAACAACAAAGGAUCACCGAUAGACUACAAGACGGGCUCCGCCUGUUCCACACCCACGAAGGACACACUGAAGAGCUACGACCGCAACUGCAUGGGUCCGGUACUGCCGCCCCGGAGCGCCAUGUGUGGUCCCCCGUCACAUCACUACUCAGCGCCGCUGAACUUUCGCAAAGGCUUCACCAAAUGUACAUGGAAGUGUACGGCUAUACUAGUUAUAUUAUUAAGUGUUAUACUUGUUAUAACAUUAUUAUUAACAGCAUCUAACGUAUUAAGUAUAUCAUAUCCAACCACCAAUCCCUGUACAGUUCUAGUCGAUGAAAAAGCAGAAAUCUCUGCGGCCAAAAGUACGAUAGCGAAUGCGAACCGGGCAUCGGAUCCGGCAGGAAGUGGCACGGCAUCCGGUCGGGUGAAACCAGCUGUUGGUGCCGGCAGCGGAAGCAGCAGCAGUGGCGGCGGCGGCGGCGAUGGUGGAGGCAUCAGCAGUGCCGCUGACUCGCCCUCGCUGAGUUCCGCUUCCACAUCCGCGUCUUCAUCAUCAGCGGCGUCCACUGCGCCGGCCAACAGCAAUAGCAUUAGCAAUGCAAACAGCAACAACAACAACAACAACAACAAUAACGGAGGUGCACGAACAUUCCCAGCACGAAGUUUCCCACCCGAUGGCACCACCUUCUCGCAGAUCAACCUCGGCCAGCGGCUGUCGAAGGAAAUUCCCCCGUACAGCUACUGGAACAUGCAGUUCUACCAGUCGGAGCCGGCCUACGUGAAGUUCGACUACGGGAUACCGCGCGGCGCUUCGAUCGGCGUCUACGCCCGCCGGAAUGCACUGCCAACGCACACCCAGUACCACUUCAAGGAGGUGCUGAGCGGUUUCAACGCGCGCCAGACACGUGCCACUCACCCAUCGAUGCGUCGUGAAGUGACCCGCUACAUGGAACCGGGCCACUGGUUCCUGUCGAUCUACAACGACGAUGGUGACGCCCAGGAGCUUACCUUCUACGCUACCGUUGCCGAGGAUAUGACCCAGAACUGCCCGAACGGAUGCUCCGGCAAUGGGCAGUGCCUGCUCGGGCACUGCCAGUGCAAUCCGGGCUACGGCGGGGACGAUUGCAGUGAGAGUGUCUGUCCGGUGCUUUGCUCACAGCGAGGCGAAUACAUCAACGGCGAAUGCCAGUGCAAUCCCGGCUGGAAGGGCAAGGAAUGCUCGCUGCGGCACGACGAGUGCGAAGUUCCGGACUGCAACGGCCACGGCCAUUGCGUCAGCGGCAAAUGUUCCUGCGUACGCGGCUACAAGGGCAAAUACUGCGAAGAAGUUGACUGUCCGCAUCCGACCUGCUCCGGGCAUGGAUUCUGUGCCGAGGGAACGUGCAUCUGCAAAAAGGGUUGGAAGGGAGCGGAUUGUGCUACGAUGGACCAGGAUGCACUGCAGUGUCUGCCGGACUGUUCGGGCCACGGAACGUUCGAUCUGGACAGCCAGACGUGCACCUGCGAGCCCAAGUGGAGCGGUGAAGAUUGCUCGCAGGAACUGUGCGAUUUGAACUGUGGCCCGCGGGGACGCUGCGUCGGUGACAGCUGCAGCUGCGAUCCCGGCUGGGGCGGCGAAUUCUGCAAGAGCAAACUGUGCGAUCCGCGCUGCAACGAGCACGGCCAGUGCAAGAACGGCACGUGUCUUUGCGUAACGGGCUGGAAUGGGAAACAUUGCACCCUGGAGGGCUGUCCCAGUGGCUGCUCGCAACAUGGUCAAUGUCAUGUUAGUGGAGAACUGAUGUGGGAAUGCCGCUGCUACGAAGGUUGGGACGGUCCGGAUUGUUCGGUAUCGCUGGAGCAGAAUUGUGGCGAUAACAAGGACAACGAUAGAGAUGGUCUUGUCGACUGCGAGGAUCCGGAAUGCUGCGGAAAUCACCUGUGCAAAACAAGCCAGCUGUGCGUUUCGGCCCCGAAGCCGAUCGAUGUGCUACUGCGGAAGCAACCGCCCGCCAUUACGGCGUCCUUUUUCGAGCGCAUGAAGUUCCUCAUCGACGAGGGCAGCCUGCAGAACUACGCCAAGCUGGAAACGUUCAACGAAAGCCGAUCUGCCGUCAUCCGAGGCCGUGUAGUGACCUCGCUACAGAUGGGUCUGGUAGGGGUACGUGUGAGCACGUCGACCCCCCUGGAAGGAUUCACCCUGACACGUGACGACGGUUGGUUCGAUCUGAUGGUGAACGGAGGAGGUGCGAUUACGCUGCAGUUCGGCCGCUCGCCGUUCCGGCCGCAAACCCGCAUCGUACAGGUUCCGUGGAACGAGGUCGUUAUCAUCGAUACGGUUGUGAUGUCCACGCUGGAUGAUAAGGAAAAGACGGGGUCACCGCAUACCUGCUUCUCGCAUGAUUACGACUCGAUGAAACCGGUGGUGUUGGCUACUUGGAAGCACGGUUUUCAGGGUGCUUGUCCGGAUCGUAGUGCGAUUUUGGCUGAGUCGCAGGUUGUGCAGGAAUCGCUGUCCAUCCCCGGUACGGGGUUGAAUUUGGUCUACCACAGCAGCCGAGCUGCCGGUUAUUUGUCCACCAUCAAGCUCCAGCUUACGCCGGAUACGGUGCCGCAAACGCUGAAACUGAUCCAUCUUCGAAUUACCAUCGAAGGCAUUUUGUUUGAGAGGGUUUUCGAGGCAGAUCCCGGUAUCAAGUUUACCUAUCCGUGGAAUCGAUUGAACAUUUAUCGGCAGAGAGUUUACGGAAUUACGACGGCUGUGGUCAAAGUUGGAUACCAAUAUACGGAUUGUAAGGAUAUUAUUUGGGAUGUUCAGACGACCAAGUUGAGUGGUCAUGAUAUGAGCAUUUCCGAAGUCGGUGGAUGGAAUUUGGACAUUCAUCAUCGGUACAAUUUCCACGAAGGUAUCCUCCAGAAGGGUGAUGGUUCCAACAUCUAUUUGAAGCAUAAGCCACGUGUUAUUCUAACGACCAUGGGCGAUGGACACCAACGACCGCUGGACUGCCCCGACUGCAAUGGCGUCGCUUCCAAGCAAAGACUGUUGGCUCCGGUUGCUUUGGCGGCUGCCCCCGAUGGUAGUUUGUACGUUGGAGACUUCAACUACAUUCGCCGAAUCAUGAUCGAUGGAACAGUGAAGACCGUUGUAAAGCUGAAUGCCACUCGAGUUUCCUACCGUUAUCACAUGGCACUGAGUCCGCUGGAUGGUUCCCUCUAUAUCUCCGACCCAGAAUCGCAUCAAAUCAUCAAGGUUAAGAACAAGGACGAUUCCCACGAUCCCGAACACAACUGGGAACCGGUUGUCGGCAGCGGUGAACGCUGCCUUCCCGGAGACGAGGCCCACUGUGGUGACGGAGGCUUAGCCCGGGAUGCCAAAUUAGCCUACCCGAAGGGAGUAGCCAUUUCAUCCGAUAACGUUCUCUACUUCGCGGACGGUACAAACAUCCGUAUGGUCGAUCGUGACGGCGUGAUCAGCACUCUGAUCGGUAAUCACAUGCACAAAUCCCACUGGAAGCCAGUUCCCUGCGAAGGAACGCUCAAAAUCGAAGAAAUGCACCUCCGGUGGCCAACCGAACUGACGAUCAACCCUCUGGAUGACACGCUACACAUCAUUGACGAUCACAUGAUCCUUCGCAUGACCCCGGACGGUCGCGUACGAGUGAUCGCCGGUCGCCCCCUGCACUGUGCUUCAGCCGUUCCUGCGACUUUCGACUCCGACCUGGCGGCUCACGCCACACUAAUCAUGCCACAAAGCAUCGCCUUCGCUCCAUCGGGCGAUCUGUACGUAGCCGAGAGCGAUUCCCAGCGCAUCAACCGCAUCCGAGUGAUCGGAACGGACGGUAAGAUCGCCGCCUACGCCGGUGCCGAAUCCAAGUGCAACUGUCUCGAGCGCGGAUGCGACUGCUACGAAGCCGAUCACUACCUGGCGAUCAGUGCCAAAUUCAACACCAUUUCGGCCAUCACCGUCACUCCGGACGGGCACGUUCACAUCGCCGAUCAGGCCAACUAUCGCAUCCGAUCGGUCAUUUCCAGUCUGCCGGAGGCAGGCACCUCGAAAGAGUACGAAAUCUACGCUCCCAACGCCCAGGAGAUCUACGUUUUCAACCGAUUCGGCCAGCACAUUGCCACCAAGAACAUCAUGACCGGCGAAACGACCUACAGCUUCCUGUACAACGUAAACACCUCCAACGGUAAGCUCAGCACCGUCACGGAUGCCGCCGGCAACAAGGUAUUCCUCCUGCGCGACUACACCUCUCAGGUUAACUCCAUCGAAAACACCAAAGGUCAAAAGUGUCGCCUUCGAAUGACCCGCAUGAAGAUGCUGCACGAACUGAGCACACCGGACAACUACAACGUAACGUUUGACUAUCACGGACCAACUGGGCUGUUAAAAACCAAACUAGACUCAACGGGCCGUUCCUACGUGUACAACUACGACGAAUUCGGUCGACUGACGUCGGCCGUCACCCCAACGGGCAAAGUAAUCGACCUGAGCUUCGAUCUAAGCGUCAAAGGAGCAACCGUAAAGGUAACCGAAAACUCACAACGUGAAGUUUCCAUGCUAAUCCAAGGUUCAUCAGUGGUUUCCCGGGUCGGCGAAGCCGCCACCAAAACAACCGUCCUAGUAGACGGUGGAACCACCAGUGUAUCCCCCUGGGGAAACGUAGUCUCGGUAGAAUCCGUACCCUACAUUCUGCUAGCCGAAAUUGACCCCCUGCUAGGUGAAAGCUACCCCGUACCAUCGAAGCAGCGCACCGAAAUCAACGGAGACCUCUCGAAUCGCUUCGAGUGGCGUUACUUCAUUCGACACGUUCCGGUUCGGGGAAAGAACUCCCGUGCCCUUACCCAGGUUGGACGAAAACUGCGCGUCAACGGAGAUAACCUCCUAACGUUCGAGUACGAAAAGGAUAGUUCCUCGAUAACCGUUUCCGUGGAUGAUAAAACCGAACUGCUCAAUGUAACGUACGAUAAGUCCUCGCGUCCGAUCGCCUACCGACCGCAGUCGGGCGAAUAUGCCGACGUUGAUCUGGAGUACGAUCGUUUUGGCCGACUAAUUUCCUGGAAAUGGGGUAACCUAAAGGAGGAAUACACCUUCGACCGAGCGGGACGCUUAAACGAAAUCAAAUACGGCGACGGAAGCUCAAUCGUGUACGCUUUCAAGGAUAUGAUCAGUAGCCUUCCACUAAAGGUAACAACACCCAGACGAUCGGAUUACCUACUACAGUACGACGAUGCCGGUGCACUGCAAUCGCUAACUACCCCGAGAGGUCACAUUCAUGCCUUCUCGCUGCAAACUUCGCUCGGUUUCUUCAAGUAUCAGUACUUCUCGCCGAUCAACCGACAUCCGUUCGAGAUUCUGUACAACGAUGAUGGGCAAAUUUUGGCGAAGAUUCACCCCCAUCAGUCCGGAAAGGUGGCGUUCGUGUAUGAUAACGCAGGACGUUUGGAGACGGUGCUGGCGGGAUUGUCCUCGACGCAGUAUACCUACCAGGAGAGUACCAGUUUGGUGAAGAUGGUCGAUGUGCUGGAGCCCGGUUUUGAACUGCGCAGGGAGUUCAAGUAUCAUGCCGGUGUGAUGAAGGACGAGAAGCUGAUGUUUGGUUCGAAGAGUGCGCUGGCUUCGGCGCACUUCAAGUAUCAGUACGAUGGUAAUGCACGGUUGAGCGGAAUCGAGAUGGAUAUCGACGGGAAGGAUUUGCCCAUUAUGCGGUUCAAGUACGGGCAGAGCUUGGGAACGUUGGAUGCCAUCAGUGAUCUGAGGAUUACCAGGAAUGCAUUUAAUAGGACGGUUGUUCAGGAUACUUCCAAGCAGUUCUUCACGAUUACCGAUUUUGAUGAACAUGGACGGGUUAAAAGCGUGCUAAUUAAUAUCAAAUCGUUCGAUGUUUAUCGAUUGGAGUUGGACUACGACCUGAGAAACAGAAUCAAGACCCACAAGGUGAUGGUUGGGCGAGUAACUUCGCUGGAUAAGGUCAACUACAAUGCCGAUGGUCAUGUGAGCGAAGUUGUCGGAACCAACUCGUGGAAGUAUUUGUACGAUGAGAAUGGAAACAUCAUCAGCAUUCUGGAGCAGGGCGAUAAGACCAAUCUGGGCUAUGAUACGGGAGAUCGCGUUAUACAGGUGGGCGAUGUGGAGUUCAACAGCUACGAUGCCCGUGGUUAUGUGGUUCGUCGAGGUGAGCAGAAGUAUCGUUACAACAAUCGUGGACAGCUGAUUCAUGCCCUGGAACGGGAUCGAUUCCAGACGUGGUAUUUCUACGAUGACCAGGGUCGUCUAGUGGCCAGCCACGACGAGAAGGGUAACGUGACGCAGUACUUCUACGCUAACAUUAACUCACCGGAGCUGAUCACGCACAUCCACUAUCCGAAAGUAUCUCGAACAUUCCGAUUUUUGUAUGACGAUCGUGACAUGUUGGUAGCAGUGGAAACCGGAGAACAGCGCUACUACGUAGCUACCGACCAGAACGGAUCACCGAUCGCAUUCUUCGACAUCAACGGUAACAUCGUUAAGGAAAUCCGCCGAACUCCGUUCGGUAAAAUCAUCAAAGAUUCCAAUGUAGACUUCUUCGUACCGAUCGAUUUCCACGGCGGUCUGCUAGAUCCGAACACCCGACUGGUUUACAUGGAAAAGCGACUCUAUGACACUUCGGUAGGUCAAUGGAUGACACCCUCUUGGGAGCAGUUGGCCACCGAGAUGCGUCUACACACGGAUGUGUUCAUCUAUCGGUUCCACAACAACGAUCCGAUCAACCGUAAGGAACCGAUGAACUACAUGAACGACCUGAAGUCCUGGUUGCGGCUGUUCGGUUACGAUGUCACCAAGAUGCAGGGCUCGAAGUACACCAAGGAUAUGAUCUACAAGCCGAAAGCCAUGAUCAAGUCACCCCAGCUGGCACCGGACUUCGGUGUUAUGUCCGGAUUGCAGUGCAUCGUUGAGAAGGUUGACGAACGAUUCUCGGACUUUGGUUUCGUACCGAAACCCCUGCUGAAAAUGGAGCUGAAAACGAGAAACCUUCUCCCGAGGGUGGCCUACCGGCGGGGAGUGUUUGGCGAGGGCGUUCUGAUUUCCCGUAUCGACGGUCGUGCUCUGGUUAGUGUCGUCGACGGAUCCAACAGUGUCGUGCAGGAUGUCGUUUCGUCCGUGUUCAACAGUUCCUACUUCCUGGAUUUGCACUUUAGCAUCCAUGAUCAGGACGUUUUCUACUUUGUGAAAGACAAUAUCAUGAAGUUGCGCGAUGAUACGGAGGAACUGCGUCGAUUGGGAGGAAUGUUUAACGUUUCAACGCAUGAAAUUAACGAUCAUGCUGGUUCGAAUGGUAAGGAACUUCGCCUGCACGGACCGGACGCGGUUGUGAUUAUUAAGUACGGCGUCGAUCCCGAGCAGGAGCGACAUCGAAUUCUGAAGCAUGCCCACAAGCGAGCCGUUGAAAGGGCUUGGGAACUCGAAAAGCAACUGGUCGCCGCCGGCUUCCAGGGCCGAGGCGACUGGACCGAGGAGGAAAAGGAGGAACUAAUCUCGCACGGUGACGUUGACGGUUGGGUCGGUGUGGACAUUCACAGCAUACACAAGUACCCGCAGCUGGCGGACGACCCCGGCAAUGUAGCAUUCCAGCGCGACUCGAAACGAAAGCGGCGGAAGAGCGGCAGCCACAAAACGCUGCGUCAGCACAGGCACGAAAGCUCGUGAAACGCCAGCGCUCCUCCGCUAGUGCAAUCUCUAUCCGAUCUGUGAAGCUUUCCAAAACAAGACAAAACAAAACAAAAAAAAAUCAAGCAAAACAUACACACAAACACACAGAAGCGGCAAAAGAAAUCAAGUAAAUUUCAUAGAAUGCUCUCUCUUUUAAGGAAAGUCUUUCUCCGAGAACUGAUUUGAAGAAAGAGAAGAUAAAUAUUAGGAAUAUUGUGAUACAUAGAUUUAUUUUGGAUUAUUUUCAUAGGAUUAAAAGUAAAAUUUGAAAAUGAUAGGAGGAACCGUGGCAAGUUUUCUACGCUCGAGCAAGCUCUUUCUCAUUCGAGUCGCGACGGAACACAUUCAAAAAAAGCAGAAUGAUAAUAUCAGUACAGAGACAAAAAUGAAUGAAAACAAACAAACUACAUAUUUUUAUAGUAGAUGCACAACCCAAACCAAACCUCCAUCAACAGCAGCAGACGAGAGAUCUGGCUAAGCGUCAGAUAAUAAGUAGAAAAGUAUGGUUUCCGCCAUGUUGUGAAUGUCAUCGUAUUUUCCAACCCGUACACCGACCCUUCAUCAGCAUCAUACAUCAAAGCAUCAGCAAAGAAAAAACGUAAAACACAAUAACCGAUAACUGUUAGAGAAAUUGUGCAACCAAAAUAAUCAAUCCUUUUUGCAAAGAAAAGACAAAUAUAAUCGUAAACAAAAGCAUACAUUAAACGCUGAAAAUCAAAAAACUGUUUCACAAACAAACAAACAAACAUUCACAAGUAACACACACACAUUCUAAACACAGAAAAAACAACUCUCACACACUCACAUUAAGACAAACUGAAAUAAACAAUUCAUUAUUCGUCACGUAGAAAGCAACCGGAAGGGGGACAAACGAAACUAUCAUUUUAUACAUUUUUCCAAUGACUCCCAGGAUGAGAUUGGGCCCGGCCCCGGCCCGGCUCGGGCAAACAGAAGCGAAAAAAAAAACACCGGAAACAGCCCUCUAAAAUAGCGAAGAAUGUAGUUAAUUAGAUGACAAUUAAAUGUGAACAUUGUGGAUGUCUUUUAGCAGUUAAGCAAGCGCAAAGAGCAAAGUACAUUUUAAGCAGAACCGAAGAACGAACGAACGAAUACGGACAGACAGACAGUCAGUCGAGUUGCUAGUGGGAAAAAAACCUGUAGAAAAAAUAUAGAAACAGAAGAGUAAAAAAACAGAAUUUGGUGUUGUGCAAACAGUGCCAUUCAACUAGUCGAUAUGUCUUUAAUGACAGCUGAGAAAAAUAAAAAAAAUCAAGUGGAAAUAAUAACACUUGUUACAUACAUUACCGGAGACAACUCAGAACAUGGUCGUGGAGAUAUUUUUACUAGAACAACAGCAAACAAAAAAAAAAAAAAAGAAUCUUUAUGAUAUUCAAACAAACAAAAAAGAAUGAUUAGGGAUAAAGGAAGCGGGAAAAAAGGGUUGAAUACUCGGAGUAAAGAGAGUAAAAUGAGUAAAAUUAUUGUAGAGAACAAAACAAAACAAAAAUUAGUAAGGUGCCAUAGAAAGGGGAAGACAGGUCGGCUGUCUUUGCCGGCCGGUAAAGGAUCAUCGUCGAAAUAAGUGAACAGAAAACAAAAAUAUCCUUAUUAGUAGGUGACACUCACACAACUGUACAGUAUAAAUUAGUCGAUAGGCAGAAAGCAGCAGGACAGACGAUGACCGCGCGAUAUUACGUAAUAGGCAAAUCUUGUUCUUCUUCUUCUGCUUGAUUUUACCGACUGUAGCUAGCUGUAGCUGCGCACGGUUGCAGCUGUCCGGCGGCCUGUAGCAAAACAGAAAAUCCUCCCCCUCAAAGGUUAGGAAAAAAAAAGAAAAUCCCACACCUGUCGGUGCGAAGUGACACCACGCUUCUAGUAGGCCAUGCGUUUUGUUUUUUAUUUGUUAAAAUUUUGCAGCACCGAAGCAUAGGGCAGUUUUGUGUUUCGAUUCAGAAUCGAGCUUAAAAACGAUGGCAAAAGUUGGUGAAACUUCCACCGAACCCCAGUGUGUGUGUGUGUGAAAAACGGAGGAAAAAACAAAUAAAUCACAUAAAUCCGUCUUGCUUCCUGGUUUUAAAAGUGAAAAAUUAGAAGAAACAUUCUCUCUGGUAAGUGUCGAUUUGACAGCAAACAAAAACAAAUAGAGAUUAAACCAUACUCAAAAGGUUGACUCAAAACAAACUCAAAACCAUACUUGAACGAUGAAUUCUCUCUCUAUCUCUCUCUAUUCUUGGCUUCUACAGGGUAUUUGUGAUAAAAUCGAACAGAGAACAAAAAAAAAACUUAAGAGACGAAUCAUACAAUACUCACACGCAGGAUGAAUGAACAAUACCAAAAACCAAAAAAAAAAUCGGAAAACGUAACAACAACAAUAGAUAGCUUUUCGUUUGAUUUUCUUGAGCCUUAGUUACAGCUUCCAACACAUGACACAGAACCUCUCAGAACACUUUCACACUCAGUACCGAUACUCGCUCAUACUCGAACUUUCUCUGUCUUUCUUAUUUUUCGAAAGGCGAAAGCUUCGAACCGGUAGUAGACACGCGCUUACAGAUUUUCCUCUCGUUCAUGUUUAUAUUUUUUUUAUUUACCUUUCUCGAAUGGCAAGAACUCUAGGUGUAGCACAUACAACAACAGUACAUAGCAGUAGUCAAAGAAUUUUUAUUUACCACCGCUUUCCCGGAAGCUAACGGGAGCGAGCGGAAACAAUAGUUGCCACACACAAUAGUUUUUGACCGCCAGUAAAACAACAAAAUAUAGUGCACAGGAAAACCGACACACAACAACAACAUGGUCGCGGUUGGUUUUAUGGUUCCAUCACGGAACAACCAAGCUGCGCGGUAGCGCAAACGUCCCUCGUUUUCCAUCCCCUUGUCCUGAUCCCCUUUCCCGGCACUUCUUAUUAGAUUACACUAGUGAAGGUAGUAGAAAUUUGUAGAAAUGAAAAAAAUGAAUCUGCGAAAAAAAAACAACAACCCAAAAGCAAUAAGAGGAAUGACAAGAAAUGAAAAGCGCAAAUCGAAACCAUAGCAACCCACUAACACUAUUUUGACUUUUUCUGUUUCACUGCUGUAACCCGAUGGUUACUGCGUUUCGAUUUUGUUUAAAAUUUUCUGCACAAAUCGGGCAGAUUUUUCCAAUUUUUCGUUGCAAAACAAUCGCUAACAAAAAAAGCAUCAUAAGAAAAACCCAACCCAACCGACGAUACGAAAUUGUGCAAUCAAAUUAUUAUCCUACACAACACGCAAAGUAGACGUUGCGAAAAGGUGUGUGUGCUCCUUUUUUGUGAAGGACGAAAAAAAACUGCUAUACUUUUUGACUAUUGGUUAAGAUUUGAUCUAAACAAAUGGCUGAAAUUUGUAAAACUUGUACAUAAACAAAUAACUUGUUUGUCGAUAGCAGCAACCUGUGUAUUUAUUGUUUUCCUUUCUCUCUAUAUUGUCAACGCAUACGACGCGCCCAUGACUCUUUUUUUUAACGCUAUUUAGUAAGUUCCAUUUGAAAAGAGAUGGCAUUAUAUCCAACGUUUCUCGUUGAGUUUGUUGUAAAUACGGAGAAUCUCGUGAGUCACACACCACGCCACUCCGAGAAUCUCCACUGAUUCAAAGGUUAAUUAAGCAUUACUAUAAUACAGUAAAAAAAUCCUAACCCUAACCUUCCUGUUCCCCAACCCCCCUAACAUACCGUUUUGUAUAUUAUACUUUUCCCACCCUUCCCACCUUAUCACCCCUAAAAUUAAUCUAAGAACUGUAGUAGGACUGGAAAAUCAAAGUUUUUAAAGUUUAACCGGCGGGCAGAAGUCGUCGUCGUCGUCGUCGCUUGUAAUCAAAGCAAGACGUAGAAAAAAUUUACAACAAAAUGACUGGGUUUUGUGUGAUCUGCUUGAAAACAGCAGCAUCAAAAACACGAAAAAUAAAACCAGUAAGUGAAAAAAAACGUAAGAAGCAAACGACGACGAAACAGGCGGAAGCGAGUGAAUAACUUUUUAUUUUCUUUUGUAAAAUACUAAAAACCGAAGAAGGGCAAACCCGUAUAUACAUAGUAAGGCAAGGCAAGUGACAAGAAACAAAAAAAAAAAAAAUGCAGCCCCGAUGAAUGGUGGUGAAUCUCUAGUGCGUAAAUAAAUUGACUGCCGAACAGUACGUUCGUUACUCGACGUAGGCGGCAGCAGCAGCAGUAAAAGCUGCUGGCGAGAAGCAAACAAAAACUUGUAAAAAUGACGAAAAAAAAACACACAUUAAAAGUAGUGCGCGAUGGGAAGCAGAGAAUGAAAACCGAAAAGCAACAAUAUUAUUACGAUUAUUAUUAAUUAUUAUUAUU